CAGGGGCGGACUGACCAUUUGGAAACUAGGGCACUGCCCAAGGGCCCGGGGUCAACAGGGGGCCCCAUGAGAUGCCCCUGGUACCUUUUUCAUAGGUUUUUUUUUUUAGUUUGGGCAAGGACACAGGGGCCCCAUGAUCCCUUAUUGCCUGGGGGCCCCAUGAGUUGUCAGUCCGCCCCUGGUCGUGAACAUCCAUACCAUUAGUAUUCAUAAGUGCCACCUCAUCAGUGCAGCCUAUUAGUGCCCAUCAGUGCUGCCUGUCAGUUC